AUGUUAUCAUUGCUAAGAAUGAAUUCAACAGCAUCAUCAAUUAUCGCUCUCGAUAUAAUACCUGAUCCUGAAAACAAUCAGGUACUUAUUUUUCAACAAAAUGAUAUGCAACAGGUGGUCGACAUCAAUGAAGAUGAAUUAAACAUCGAAUUAGGUCUUGAUUUCGGUGAUUAUUAUGAUACCGAUUAUGACGAAGAUGAAGAUGGCGAAUAUGAAGAAGACUAUGAAGAUGAAGAAGAUGAAAAUGAAAUUAUCCAACAGCUUGAAGCAGUUGAUCGAAAUCAAUGCCCUGGUGCUUAG